AGGACACUGAGUGGCAGGCCAGUGGAGGGAUUGGUAGAGGGGGGUGGAGGACACUGAGUGGAGGCCAGUGGAGGGAUUGGUAGAGAGGGAUGGAGGACACUGAGUGGAGGCCAGUGGAGGGAUUGGCAGAGAGGGAUGGAGGACACUGAGAGGGAUUGGUAGAGAGAGUGGUGGAGGACACUGGAGGCCAGUGGAGGGAUUGGUAGAGAGAGUGGUGGAGGACACUGAAUGGAGGCCUGUGGAGGGAUUGGUAGAGAGUUGUGGAGGACACUGAUUGGAGAGGCAGUGGAGGGAUUGGCAGAGAGGGGUGGAGGACACUGUUUGGAGAGGCCAUGGAGGGAUUGGCAGAGGGGGGUGGAGGACACUGAAUGGAGACCAGUGGGGGAUUGGCAGAGAGGGGUGGAGGACACUGAAUGGAGACCAGUGGAGGGAUUGGCAGAGAGGGGUGGAGGACACUGAAUGGAGACCAGUGGAGGGAUUGGCAGAGAGGGGUGGAGGACACUGAAUGGAGACCAGUGGAGGGAUUGGCAGAGAGGGGUGGAGGACACUGAAUGGAGACCAGUGG